CGCGAGAGUUUACUUCGCUUGCAAAUGAAUUAUGGAGGUCGGUGGGAAUGGUGGUGGGCUUCCUGUAAACAAUAAACAGAGAGCGAUGCUACCAAAUAAAGGAGGCAGAGGCGAAUUCCCUCGAACUCCAAGGAAAGACUCAGAGGGCUUGUCUGAGUCUCCAGAUCUUGAGUUUGAGUAUUCUGACACAGAUAAGUGGGCUGCAGAGCUGUCAGAGCUCUACAGUUACACUGAAGGACCUGAGUUUGCCCUCAACAGGAAGUGCUUUGAGGAGGAAUUCAGAGCUCAUGUCUCGGAUAAGAAGUGGACGGACCUCGAUGCCGCCCAGCACAGAGCGCACGCCAUGCGUCUGCUGGAUGGCCUGGAGGUCAUUGGUCGUGAGAAGAGGCUAAAGGUUGCCAGAGCCAUCCUCUACAUGGCUCAGGGUGCCUUUGCAGACUGCAGCUGUGAGGCUGAGGUUCAGUACUGGAUGAGAUACAACAUAUUUCUGCUGCUUGACGUCGGAACCUUCUCUGCUCUGGUGGAACUUCUCAACAUGGAGAUCGAUAACAGCGCUGCCUGCAGCAGUGCGGUGAGAAAGCCGGCCAUCUCCCUCGCCGACAGCACCGACCUCAGAGUUCUGCUCAACGUCAUGUACCUGAUGGUGGAGACGAUCCAGCAGGACGACCCGGCCGACAAGCCUGAAUGGAAAAUCAUGAAGGAAACCUUCAGAGCUGAACUGGGUUCGCCUCUGUUCAACAACGAGCCGAUCUCCGUCAUGCUCUUUGGAAUGGUCACCAAGUUCUGCAGCGGCCAUGCCCCACACUUUCCCAUGAAGAAGGUGCUGCUGCUGCUGUGGAAGAGCAUACUGUUCACGCUGGGAGGGUUUGAGCGGCUUCAGAGCAUAAAGGUCUGCAAACGUGAGGAGCUGGGUCUCCCUCCGCUCCCAGAGGACAGCAUCCGAGUCAUUCGCAGCAUGAGGGCGGCGUCUCCUCCGGCGUCGGCGUCCGAUCUCAUCGAGCAGCAGCAGAAACGAGCUCGCCGAGAGCACAAGGCGCUGAUCAAGCAGGACAACCUGGAUGCCUUCAAUGAGAAGGAUCCCUACAAGGCUGACGACUCUCGUGAGGAUGAAGACGACAACGAUGACAACGAUAACUCUCUGGAGCCAGAGACGUUCCCUCUGGAACGCGACGAGGUGAUGCCUCCACCCAUUCCUCAUCCUCCGUCGGAGAGGGUGUCCUUCCCUAAAGGGCUACCAUGGGCUCCCAAAGUCAGGGAAAAAGAUAUCGAAAACUUUCUGGAAUCCAGUAGAAGUAAAUUCAUCGGUUACACACUGGGAAGUGAUACGGAUACAGUGGUUGGUUUACCCCGGCCGAUUCACGAGAGCAUCAAGACGCUGAAGCAGCAUAAGUAUAUUUCUGUAGCAGAGGUACAGAUGGCAAAGGAGGAGGAAUACCAGAAAACCCCGCUGUCCGUGGGUGAAGAGGAGGUGGAGAUGUGUGCCACCGAGCUGCUUUAUCAGGGGAUUCUUCCCAGUUUGCCUCAGUACAUGAUUGCGCUGCUGAAGAUUCUGCUCGCUGCCGCUCCGACGUCUAAAGCCAAAACAGACUCCAUUAACAUCCUGGCAGAUGUGCUGCCGGAGGAGAUGCCGACGACGGUUCUGCAGAGCAUGAAACUGGGCGUUGAUGUGAAUCGCCACAAAGAAAUCAUUGUGAAAGCCAUCUCUGCCAUCCUGCUGCUGCUUCUGAAACACUUCAAACUCAACCACGUCUACCAGUUUGAGUACAUGGCUCAGCAUUUGGUGUUUGCCAACUGCAUCCCGCUCAUUCUGAAGUUUUUCAACCAGAACAUCAUGUCUUACAUCACAGCUAAAAACAGCAUUUCAGUUCUUGACUUUCCGUACUGCGUGGUCCAUGAGCUCCCGGAGUUAACCGCAGAGAGUUUGGAAGCGGGAGACAACACUCAGUUUUGCUGGAGGAACCUGUUCUCUUGUAUUAACCUGCUCCGAAUCCUGAACAAAUUAACCAAAUGGAAACACUCCAGAACAAUGAUGUUAGUGGUGUUUAAGUCGGCUCCCAUCCUGAAGAGGGCGCUGAAAGUCAAGCAGGCCAUGAUGCAGCUUUAUGUCCUCAAACUGCUCAAAGUGCAGACCAAAUACUUGGGGCGACAGUGGAGGAAGAGCAACAUGAAGACCAUGUCUGCCAUCUACCAGAAGGUGCGGCAUCGCCUCAAUGACGACUGGGCUUAUGGAAACGAUCUGGACGCCCGUCCCUGGGACUUCCAGGCCGAGGAGUGCGCCCUGCGGGCAAGCAUCGAGCGUUUCAACAGCCGCCGCUACGACAAGAGCCACAGUAACCCAGACUUCCUUCCUGUGGACAACUGCCUGCAGAGCGUCCUGGGGCAGCGAGUUGACCUGCCCGAGGACUUCCAGAUGAACUACGACCUCUGGCUGGAGCGUGAGGUCUUCUCCAAGCCCAUUUCCUGGGAGGAACUGCUGCAGUGAGGCUCAGCGCUGCGGAGCGUCUUUGUGUUUUUAAAUAAACGGUUCCGGUCAGGAGUUCAGAGUAACCUCAGACGGUUUUCUCCCUGAUCAAACUCUUAGCGCAGCAUUAUGUUACAUUUUCUGACGGUUGGAUUUCCUUCAGAAGUUGGGACCUGCGUGGCUUUGUAGGUCGCUUAAGCCUCCGACCAAGUGCUUUCUGACAUAAGCUUCUGCCUUUUAGACGUUUAGUAUUAACGUGAAUCAACGUAAAAGGGAAACAAAUAAGAUCUUUUUGUAUUAAGGUUCCUCAGCUUUUCCCCCCCACUGCUCCCAUUUUAUAAAUGAAUCACUGAUAAUGGUUCAAACCCUCAUUCUUACUCUUGCAGGUGUUUCUCUGUGUGCCUGUUACCUACUUAACGAGGUCAGUAAAUCAACUGGAAGCACUACAUGACAAUUUAUUUUAAUUCAUGUAAUUCAGAGUAACUGUUCUGUGUUAAUGCUACAGUUCGAUUCAAUCAAAAGUAACGAGCAGGCACUGAUUAUUCAAAGUAUAAAUUCAUGCAUUCUGUCAUCUGAGGGCUGUUUACUUUUAUAAGAUUGUUUUUCGUUUGAGCUCUGACUUCCUGCCUCAGCUCUGGGACCAUCAAUCGCCAUGGAAACCUGACUGACCAACAGACUGAAGCAGCUUUAAACUUUUAUCCUGAACUCAUUCGUUACUGUCUGAAUAAAAAAACAUUCAUGGCUUCUGUUUUCACUCAUUGAACAGAUUAUUUGAACUAAAACGGAAAAAUACAUGUUAAACUUAAAUCAACAAUUCUUUUUCUUUUAUUCAUUUAUUCAUAUUUGGUUGUAAGGGUUUUGAAGAAAAUAUAAAUACAUGUAAAUUGUGUAACCUAUUUAUCAUGACUGUCUUUGUUUUACAUGGACUUAAAUAAUGUAAUAAAAUUAUACCGUCACUUCA